UCGCAAGAUUUAAUAUGGUUCAUCACAGAGAUAAUAAAAGCUUAUGUUUAGAAUUUAUGAAGUUCCUACAUUUUUAUAUAAAAAACAAAAUCAUAUUAUUGCAGAAAAAAAUUAUAUUACAAUUAAUAAUAAUUUUUACUAUAUUAUUUACCUUAUUAAUAACUUUGGAAAAGCCAUGGCAUAAUUUAAAUGAAGAAAAUAAUGAAGUAGAAGCAUAUAGCAUUGCGAAAGAUAUACAGCAAUAUACAGAACAAUAUGAUUCAAAGCUUGAAAAUAUUGUUAGUAAUUUAGAUAUAGUUUUAUCAUCUACAGAAGUGACUAAUAAAAGGAUAGAAUUAAAUAGAAGAAGACAAAGAAUAAAGAGUAUGUGUAAAAAUUAUACUGAUAAAGAGUUACAGCUAAAUAAAAAUUUUCCUAAUAUAAUUAUUGAUACAAAACAUGGUAUAUCAUGGUGUCCUAUAUAUAAGGUGGGUAGUUCAACCUGGAUGAAGAAUUUUGCAAUACUUGCAGGUAUCUUAACAGAUACAACCAUGAAUUUAAUUCAUCAAAAUGCAAUUCAAAUGAAUACUAUUGUUAAACAAGCAUUUCCUUCCGAUUUAAAUCUAAAUAAAACACUUAAGAAAUUACACGCUACUAAAAAAUUUUUAAUUGUACGACAUCCUUUCGAGCGUCUCUUGUCUGCAUAUAGAGAUAAGUUGGAGCAUAUAAAUGGAAGGGAAUAUUAUUAUAAACGAUUUGGACGGCACAUUACACAUAAAUAUCGGAAACACAAAAAUUCAACUAGAAUCAAACUGGAACCAACAUUUGAAGAAUUCUUAGAAUUUAUUGUAAAUGAAAAGUAUUUUGAUGAACAUUGGGCUCCAUAUUAUGAUACUUGCAAACCAUGUAUGAUUCAUUAUGAUUAUAUUCUUAAAUUUGAAACUUUUCAAGAAGAUCAUCGCUUUUUCAUGCAAGAGACUGGAUUAAAAUACUAUUUAUACAAAAGGAGUGGUUUUAAAAAUAUAAAUCCAUACGGUCGUACGACCAGCAAUUUAUUGAGAAAAUAUUUAGAAGAUAUACCAAAAUUACUUCUUCAGAAAAUAUAUAAAAUUUAUGAAAAAGAUUUUAAAUUAUUUUCUUAUUCUCUAGAUUUAUAUUAAAUUAUAUUAAAUAUAUAUAAGGAUUAAUAUUUUUUUUUUAAUAAAUUAUACUCGACAAACUUACUUGUCCA